AUCUGCUAUCGCCGCUUCGUCUUCUUCUUCUCAUUUCUCGCAGGUACGAUCCAGCUGUUUUGGGAGAUUAGAUUCAAUGUUUCCGUAUCGGUUUCAUCAGAUCUGUGUGUGUUUUGAAUUUUCGAGCUUGAUCGAAUUGUGAUUGAGAGUCUGAUGAUAAUGUUCAAAGUUGAAUCUGAACGAAGAAACAAUUGAUCAAGGCUUAUUCCUCCAUUGAUAUUUGCUCUCUUACGUUGACAGCAAAAAGGUGAAGUUUUUGCAUUUGUUUAAGAGCUACUUAUUCCUGCUGGGACACAUACCAAGAUGAAGAAAGUAUUUGGUCAAACUGUUAGAGACCUCAAGAGAGAGGUCAACAAGAAAGUGCUUAAAGUGCCUGGAAUAGAACAGAAGGUUCUAGAUGCUACUAGCAAUGAGCCAUGGGGUCCUCACGGAUCACUUCUUGCUGAUCUUGCGCAAGCUUCCAGAAAUUACCAUGAAUACCAGCUGAUCAUGGGGGUCCUUUGGAAACGACUUAGCGACACUGGAAAGAACUGGCGGCAUGUCUAUAAGGCUUUGACAGUGUUGGAGUACAUGGUAGGCCAUGGGUCAGAACGUGUUAUAGACGAGAUUCGAGAGCGUGCAUAUCAAAUUUCGACAUUAUCCGAUUUUCAGUAUAUUGAUUCCGGUGGUAGAGAUCAAGGAAGCAAUGUUAGGAAGAAAUCACAGAGUCUGGUGGCGUUGGUUAAUGACAAAGAAAGAAUAGCUGAGGUCAGAGAGAAGGCUUCUGCUAACAGAGAUAAGUAUCGCACCUCAGCACCAGGUGGGAUGUAUAAGCCUUCAGGAGGAUAUGGUGACAAAUAUGAUUACGGAUCCCGGGAUGAAGAGCGAAGUAGUUAUGGAAGAGAGAGAGAAUAUGGUUACAGGGAUGAUGAUAGAAAUAGCCGUGAUGGAGAUCGUCAUUCCAGAGACUCUGAAGACCGGUAUGGGAGAGAUGGAAAUAGGGAAGAUGAUUACAGAGGAAGGAGCAGAAGUGUUGAUAACUUCCAAACUGGUUCGCGAGGUAGGAGUUCAGAUAGGGAACGAACGUUUGAGGAUGAUGGCCAUUCAUCAAGGGGUAGUGGUGCUAGAGCUGAUGACAAUUCUCAGGAUGGGAGAGGGCAGCUCCAGAGGAAGUUUUCUGAACAAAAUAUUGGUGCUCCACCUAGUUAUGAAGAAGCUGUCAGUGACUCAAAGAGCCCUGUAUAUAGUGAAAGGGAUGGUGGGGAGACCCCACAAGUUGCUGCUCCAGGAGUUGCUUCUCCUCCUCCCCCACAAACUGCUUCUCCAGGAGCUGCUUCUCCUCCUCCCCCACAAGUUGCUGCUCCAGGGGCUGCUUCCCCUCCUGCUGGAAGCAACACAAACAAUAAUUCUGCUGCUUUUGCUAAUGAAUCUUCUCCUCAGAAAUUUGAGGCCUUUGAUGAAUUUGAUCCACGCGGUGCAUUUUCAGCUGGCCCUCCAGCAUAUGCAUCUGCAGACGGUGUUUCAGCUCCUCCAGCAGUUGCUUCUACAUCUGCUCCUCCCACCUCAAACAGUGUUGAGAUGGACUUACUUGGCUCCCUUGCAGACGUAUUUUCAUCAAAUGCAUUGGCCAUUGUCCCGGCUGAUUCUACGUCUGUUGAAACCAAUGGACAACCAAAUGCUCCAUCGUUUUCUACAUCUCAGCCAUCAACUCAGACAUUUGAUGACCCAUUUGGUGACUCUCCUUUCAAAGCCUUCACUUCAACGGACACCGACUCAAACCCACAGCAGAGCUUUGGAGCUCCUUUCCAAGCAACACCACCAGCCUUCACCUCGGAGGCCUCACAUACUGAUAGUGCUCAAAACUUUGGCUUUGGGGACUCAUUUUCCGCUGUUGCCAAUCCUGAACCUGCUGUUCAGAAUGUGCAACCUCCAUCAAACCCACAAGAUUUUCCCCAAGAUCAGUUUGACACAUCUCAAAGUGAUAUUGAUAUUCUAGCUGGCAUUCUCCCACCAUCUGGUCCUCCACCUUCACUCCCACAACAACCGGGUGCCUCAGGACCAACAUCUCAGUUUCCUCCGAGCGGAAACAACAUGCACGAGGGAUAUCAUCCUCAGCCGGUAUCCUCAGCUCCAAACAUGCCUGGACAAACUCCAUUUGGGCAAGCUGGUCCUCCAGCUUCACUUCCGCAACAACCGGGUGCCUCAGUAGCAACAUCUCAGUUUCCUCCCAGUGGAAACAACAUGUACGAGGGAUAUCAUCCUCAGCCAGUAUCUUCAGCUCCAAACAUGCAUGGACAAACUCCAUUUGGGCAACAAUAUAACAUGGUUCCUCCUCAUUCACAAAAUAUGGGUGGAGCCACGCCGUAUAACAGUGGAGGCUUCAUGCACCAGCCUGGCUCAGCCAGUUACAAUCCUGGAGCAGUAACUUCGCACCCUACAAGCGAAAGCUUCCAUCCACGACCAGUUGCUGCCACUUCAUCGAGCUCACAGACUCCUUACUCUAACCCCAGUGGACCAGCUGGUCAGUUCAUGGGACACCAGGGUCAUGGAAUGCCGCCUUCCCAUGGUCUACAAAGAACUCAAUCCGUGCCUGUUAAUAUGCAAGGGAACCACAAUUUCAUGGGAGACAUGUUUUCACAAGGUGGACCAACAGGCUCCUUGACGUCAUCGUCCUCUCAUCAAGAUCUCACACCUUUAACAGGAGCUAUUGAGAUUGUUCCCCAGCCUCAGAAAAAGUUUGAGCCAAAAUCAUCUGUCUGGGCAGACACGUUGAGCAGGGGGCUUGUUAACUUUAACAUCUCUGGACCUAAAACAAAUCCUUUGGCAGACAUAGGAGUUGACUUUGAGGCGAUCAACAGAAGAGAGAAGCGGCUAGAGAAACCGACAAACGCACCAGCACCAACAUCGACUAUCAACAUGGGUAAAGCUAUGGGCUCAGGAACUGGCUUAGGUCGUGCUGGUGCAAAUUCUAUGAGACCUCCACCAAAUCCAAUGGUAGCUUCUGGCAUGCCCAUGGGUGGGGGAAUAAACGUUGGUGGUUAUGGAGGUAUGAACCAAAACCAACCCAUGGGCGGUAUGGGAAUGGGACCAGGCAUGAACCAAAACCAACCGAUGGGUGGUAUGGGAAUGGGACCAGGCAUGAACAUGAACCAAAACCAACCCAUGGGUAUGGGAAUGGGACCAGGCAUGAACAUGGGAGGUGGAUAUGGCCAAGGCUAUCAGAUGCAACCACAACACCAAGGGAUGGUACCUGGUCAGAACAUGCCAGGCAACAACAACAACAACUAUAAUCCGAUGAUGGGUCAAGGCGGUUACAAUCCUCAACAACAACAAUAUGGUGGUGGAUACAGGUAAGAUGAAGCCAAACCACUACACACUAGACUCUCCACUUGUAAAAUCAAGAACAGAGGACACUCUAACUCUGUUCUUCUCUCUCUCUGCUUGUUGUGAAAUUUGUACUGGUGAGAGUGGCGGACCUCCCUCCGGUCUGUCCUUUUUGUUAUAUGCGUAUUAUAAAUUGAUAUAUACACAUUUUCUUCUCUAUUUUGUUUUAUUUUUGGGUUUCACGUAUUGAAUGUGUAAAAACAUUUUCCCUUCACGGAACAAAUAAAAAUAUUUUACUUUUCUUCA